GAGCAUCCACGUGCCGAGCGACCAAGCGUGGGCAGAACAGGAGGUGAGCGUCGUGACAGCUGGAGGCCCAAACCUGCGUGAUGGCUGAUUCUGACCCUGCGGACAUAAACUAUAAUGAUAUGCUGAAAAUGCUGUCAGACCUAAACAAGGACUUGGAAAAGCUACUGGAAGAGAUGGAGAAAAUCUCAGUGCAAGCCACCUGGAUGGCCUAUGACAUGGUGGUGAUCCGCACCAACCCCACGCUGGCCGAGUCCAUGCGGCGCCUAGAGGAUGCCUUCCUCAACUGCAAGGAGGAGAUGGAGAAGAACUGGCAGGAGCUCCUCAAUGAGACCAAGCAGAAGCCGUAGGGGUGGCCCGCCCGCUGCUCCUUGCCCAGCCACAGGACCACAACCACAGCGCCACAGCCACAGCGCAUCU